AUUAUCAAAAGUAAACAACAUUUCACAAAAAUUGAAUAAUUAAGUUUUUACGACAAUUAAAAUGGAAUCAGAGAAGCACAGCUUAGAAGAAGAGCAAGAAGAAUGGAUUGGUCCACUUCCAACAGAAGAUUCAUCACAGCCGCAAAAGAAAAAGCAGAAAAUUCUACCACAUGAGAAAUUGUACCUUGAUAACCUACCAAGCACAGAUUGUUAUGAGAAGUCCUACAUGCAUCGAGACAAUAUGAAUUUUGUAGUAGUCACAAAGACAGAUUUUGUAAUUACAUGCUCUAAUGAUGGACACGUAAAGUUCUGGAAGAAACUUCCAGAUGGAAUUGAAUUUGUCAAGCACUUUCGUGCCCAUUUACAUCCUAUAACAAGCUUAAGUGCUAACGUUAUGGGGACCUUAGCAUGCACAUCAUCCACAGAUAAAAAUGUAAAGGUUUUUGAUGUUAUUAAUUUUGAUAUGAUUAAUAUGAUCAAACUGGAUUUUACGCCUUCAUGCACAUGCUGGAUCUAUAAAGGUGGCGAUACAAUUCCAUGCUUAGCUGUUGGAGAUGCUGAAAGCCCUAGAAUAUUAAUCUAUGAUGGACAAGGAACAAAUACGCCUAUACAUGUGAUUGAUAAAUUACAUUCAAAGCCAGUGACUGUAAUCAGCUUUAAUGCACAUUUUGAGACAGUAAUAAGUGUGGAUAAAGCAGGAAUAUUAGAAUAUUGGCAAGGACAUAGAUACAAUUUUAAGUUUCCCGAGAAAAUUGUAAAAUAUGAGUCGAAAUUAGACACAAGCUUGUAUGAAUUUGCUAAGAACAAAACGGAAGUGACUGGAUUGGCAAUAACAAAUGAUGGUUUAAAGUUUGCCACAAUAUCAACUGAUAGAAAAGUUCGAGUCUUUAAAUUCCUUACUGGAAAGUUAAUAAGAGUUUAUGAUGAAUGUUUGGCGAAUUUUGCUGAGGCACAGCAAUUAAAUCGUGCAGUUCCAAAUAUGGAAUUCAGUAGACGAAUGAACAAUGAGAAGGAUAUUGAAAAGACAGAAUCCCUUGUGUACAGUAACAUCAUUUUUGAUCAAAGUGGACAUUUCAUUCUUUAUUCCACAAUGAUUGGCAUCAAAAUGGUCAAUAUUGAGACAAAUAAAUGCACAAAAGUGAUUGGAAAAGGUGACAACUUACGUCCACUUAAUAUUGCAUUGUUUCAAGGAAAAAUCAGAAGAUCAAAUGCAGCAGUAACAUUUGAACAAGAAGCAUCAAUAGACACAGCAAGUAGUUCCAUUGGUGAUCCAACACUGUUCUGUACAGCCUUUAAAAAGCAAAGAUUUUAUCUUUAUUCACGUCGUUUACCUUCUGAUGUCCAAGAAGUCGACCGUGAUGUAUUCAAUGAGCAGCCAUCGAAAGAAGACAUCCUUGCUGUUACAGAAAAUCAUACAGUCCAGAAGAUAUUCGAUAAAGCUAUCAUUCACACGACACUUGGUGACAUUUUCAUGAAACUCUUUGGCAAGGAAUGUCCAAAAACAGUCGAGAACUUUUGUGUACACAGUAAGAAUGGAUAUUACAAUGGACACAUCUUUCAUCGUGUCAUCAAAGGCUUUAUGGUUCAAACUGGAGAUCCAACUGGAUCUGGUUCUGGUGGUCAAUCAAUUUGGGGACAUGAAUUUAAAGACGAAUUUGUUCACACAUUAAAGCACGACAGACCUUAUACAGUCAGCAUGGCAAACGCUGGACCCAACACGAAUGGAAGUCAAUUCUUUAUUAAUGUCUGUAACACGCCGUGGCUGGAUAACAAGCAUACAAUUUUCGGUAGGGUCUAUAAAGGAAUGGAAGUGGUGCAGAAUAUAAGCAACGUCAAGACAAAUCCGAAAACUGAUAAGCCUUAUGAUGAAAUUAAGAUUAUAUCCAUAACACUGCAUUAGGAAAAAUAUUGUAAAUUUAUUUUGAAUGUAUUAAGGAACGAAUACAGUUGGACUUGAAUAUCAAGGUUGAUUUGAUG